AUGAAGAGCGACCAGAAGCCGUUCUAUGAUGCAGGGAUCCCCAACCCUAUUAUCCUUCAGAUGAAUUACGCACAGGCCAUCAAACGAUCGCCUCGCGAAGUCGCUGCUGCCAGGGCCGCCGCCGCCUCAGCUUCUUCAUUCACCACCGUCUCUUCCAUUACUACAGCCACAACAACCACUGCAACGACAAAAAACAAGGGUGCCGCCCGCGUAUUACUACAUCCUAUCUGGACAGCACCACGAGGUCGGUCCGACAGCUGCAUGUCGGAUGCGUCUGAUACAGGGUCGACGAUGUCUUCGCCUUCGUCUUCGGUGAGCAAUUCGUCGAAUGACAGCAUCAACCAACUGCCACCUCAGCUUCAGCAGCAGAGAACGAUGACUGUAAGGAACUCAAGUCCUUCGCCAAGUAUGUCAUCUGACAGGUCCUCGUCUGCCAGUGAGCGGAGUCUAGAGAACAAGAGACGCGCAUCCAGGAAAAAGAACCAGAAGCGACGCGAGGUUGCCAAAAAAAACAAGGCCCUCCUCAACGGAAGCAACGCCUCCCUCUUCUCUUCUUCCUCAGACAGCCUCACUGUCGAACGAGACGACAAUACCACAACAACCCUCCAACAAGAACGAGACCACAUGUCGAACACCUCCUCUGCCUCGCUAUCCAUGUCACCACCAAUGUCACCCUCCUUGGCCGAUGAGUCCACGCCGAGUUCAGAUACUUUCGCCGCCAGCACACCCGCAACCUCAUACGAAGGCGAGAUGGACAAGGACGCUGUCCUCGAGGCCAUUGUUGAUAGCAAAGAGCAGGAGACCGUGAACAAUACCUCCGAUACCACCGUUGGCAGUGCACAAGAGGAGCAGAAGACAGCACAAGUUCAAUUGGUUCAGGAGCACGCUGAGCUAUCCUCACCAGCCUCUCAGACGGAGUCUAUUGUUACCAAAAGCCUCGACGAACAGGAGCUCACUCCUUCGGUGGACAACAAAGCAGAGACAGCACUCGACACCCUCCAUACAGUGAUGGAGGAAUCGGAGGGUAAUCUCACCACCGACGCCAAGUCCGCCCCAGUCACUGCCGUCUCCGUUCCACUCGCCCUUGCAGAAGAGAACGUCUGGAUCUCAUCAACAUCACCAGCUGCUAUUGAUAAGGAUAUCACCGAAGUCGAGGAGGAAACGACCCCAACAGAGACGAUGACGACAGCCACAGCCCAAAUCGACCAACAGAGUUUACCACAAACUCUCGUGGAAGUCGAGCACGAGCCAUCUGAGCCUUCCGCAAUCGUCUCUUCAGCCAGCCACAAUGAUAACAAUAUCGGCACCAGCACAGAACCUCAACCCAACUUGUCUUCCUGGGAUGUUGCCAGCGAGAGGGUAGCGACCGUUGCUCUUCAGUGCCUCACCAAGGAGAAGGACAUGGAGCUGUCAUACGUUGCCAUUCUCUCGGCCAUCACAGUGCUCCAGAGCAAGGACCAUCAACCCGACUUCGAGGAUUUGGACCAGUCUCUUACUGCUGAAACGAAGGCAUACAAGGCCAAGGUAGCGGCAGCUUAUUCCCAGAUCUUGGAUAUCCUCUGCAAAUCCGAGGUGGCUGAUAGUCUUGCCAAGGAAACCCUUCGCCAGGGUGUCAUGGCUCCCGAGGAACUCUAUGCCCAGCUCUAUGGAUCAAUUCAACAGGCCGGAUACGAUCUUCAGGAUGACGCACACUUGUCGAUGGCUCAGUACUGGACCGAGAGGAAGAAGAUCGAGGAGGCGCAAGAGUGUAUAUACCGCAUCGACCCCUCUCAAUGGACCAACUCUGUUUACCGCGCCGCCAUUACCUGCCAUGUCUUUGCGAAGCCCCGACAAAGCCAGGAGGCAGAAGGAUUGUUGCAAAAGUACAUCGACUCUCAGGAGGCUUCAAAAGGUCAGGUCGAGGCAGAGUCCAAGAUUAGGACCUGGUACCGACUUCAGCAGGACGCUUCCAAGUGGGAAGAGGUCAAGGCCCAGUACGAGAGACGCCGAGCCCGUCUUGUGGAUGCCCCUGCAAACGUUGAGCGUGUCGAAGCCGAGUCGAGAUUGACACCCCAGGCACUCCAACAAUUGCAGGAACAGCAGCGAUCUCCACAGCGCAUCAAUGGACACAAGCGCAGUGUCUCUAUCGCCUCGUCUACAACCUCGUCCUCUCACCGUCGUACAGCAUCAGGUCAGAUUCCUGGCUCUCCUGUUGGCCAUCAGAGAACCUCGUCAAGUCACCAGAGAACCCCUUCUGGAGCCCUUAACUGGCCCUCUGGUGCAGCAGCGACCCUUAAUGCACCCGAUCCAGCUGCCACCAAGUCUGGAUUUUCUUUCUUGUCGCCCUUCAAAUUUGGAUCCAAGAGCACCAAUGCCGAGGCCACACAAUCCCUUGCCACGCCCACUGCCCUUCCUAGUCGUAUCCAUGUCAGCCGCCAUCUGACUGUCCUGGACAACAACAUGCUGGAGGAAUGUAUUGCGCACAAGGAGUUUGAAUACGGCUGGAAGAACGUCUACGAGCGGAUGGGCCCUUCUCUGGAGGAUGGCGAGACCGCCAAAAUUGCGAUGCGCCUCUGCCGACGUGCCUUCUUGGGCCACAGUGGCAUGUCACCUAACGAGCCUGGAUCGCCCAACAUCGUUGCCAAGGACUUUUCGUUUGAACCAGAAGAUCAGCAGGCCUCUCGAUCCAACCAGGAUCCUGAGCUCUGGGAAGCUCGUGCCUGGGUCAUUUAUAACAAAGCGAUGUUGGGCUCCAACACGUUCCUGUCAAGCAGUUCGUCUGGUGCAGGAUCGACUACUAACGGCGCAAGUGGUGCCUCUCCGGCAAGCAGUGCCGCCAUGUCGGUGUCGGUGUUCAUGCAUGACAUCUUGACCAUCGCCAUUCACUCACCCGAAGUCUCGUCGCGCUAUCUCAAGGCCUUCAAGGUGUACAUUGGAAUGCGUAGCGACGCUCACUUUCACCAACAGCUCCGAGACCCGUUCGUGAUGGGCUUGAUGCUCAAGGCGAUCUACGAUGCUGUCCUCGCGGUCAUCAACAACCCUGACCAACAGCUGCCCAAGACCUCGGAGCAGAAGGCAGAGGCUAAGAAGCACCAUCGUCGGUCGUCGUCGCUGUCGCUGAACCGUGCCCAGCCCAUGACUUUGGGACCUCUGAUGGAUCUUGCCUUUGAGAUCUAUGCCGACAUGCGGAACGUUGGACCUAUUCGUCACCUCCCCUCCUUGGUCAGUCUCGCACCUACGUCGCCGACCAGCAAACACUCCAGGCAGGCCAGCCUCUCCCGGAUCUCGACCAACAGCUCCCGGUCAGCCACCAGCCAAGCUGAGGCUCUCUCAGAGACUGCCACCAGUUCAACCGUGUCUAUUUCUCCUCGGUCCUCGUUCACUGUCUUGUCGAUGCCAGUCUUCCAAGAGCUGAACGCGACCUUGAAGGCGAACCCACAGGCACGUCGAUUGGCACCUGAGCUGUACUUGGCUCUGCUGCAUCUGUGCAUUCACGUUCCUGUCUUUAGGAUCUCGUCGCAGGUUGUCAAAACCAUUGUGAACGACAUGUCGGCCGGUUCUGCACGCCAGGUGCCUCAUCUCGAUCUUCAUCUUGCUGCAGCUCUCCAAAGUUAUCACGACACUUGGAUGUGCUCGGCUGGAGACACCACGCAUGAUGAAGACUAUGACCCCAAUGAUGAUAAGUGUGACUAUCACGAGUGGAUGUACCAGUCUGAGGAGGCCUUUCAGGAUCGACUGAGCAAGAUCAACCGCCUUUCAACCCAGUCUGUGAUGUCGACGGGUUCGGCGACCAGCGGCAGUGGUGGUGUGGAUGCAGCAGUGGAUGAGCUGGAGAAGGAGUUGGAGGAGGCCCAGCUUGCGUUUGGAUCAGGCGUGAGUAGGGAGACGUGUAACGACGAGUUGUAUUGGGAUCUGUGGUCGAUGGAGGACGCAGCGCUGAGGAGUGUGCAGUUUUCGAAGAAGAAGGCGGCCAUGCUCUGGACUCAUGUCUCCAAGGUGCUUUUGUAA